UUCUCUCUCUCAACAUCCGCACACCUUGUUUCUUACUUUCUCUCUCUUAAACCCCUUAAAAAUACAAAAGAACUUUUGCUAUAAAACCUCACGCACUCACACUUUCCUCUCAAACACUUCACCCACAAAACAUAACCUAUCUCUCUUUCUCUCUAAUGGAGGUUUCAGCGACAAAGUCUUAUUUUAUUGAAGAAGAAGAUGAUCUGGGUUCUUCUUUAUCGGAGAUGGAAGCUGGAUUUUCUGGUAACAGUGGAAACCCACAACACGGCGUCGUUUCGAGACCUUUCUCUUAUACGAGGAUGAACAGUAUCAACAACAGGGACAAGAACUGUUAUUAUAACAACUACCCUUGUUAUUACCGACAAUACUCUGUUUCGUCUCCGAGAUCUGUUGUGUCCGGAAGAUUCCAUGACUUGAGAUUCGAUAAUCAACAGCCUCAUUUCUUGGAUUCGUGUUUCCUCUGCAAGAAACCACUUGGUGAUAACAGAGACAUCUACAUGUACAGAGGAGACACACCAUUUUGCAGCGAAGAGUGUAGACAAGAACAGAUAGAGAGAGAUGAAGCAAAAGAGAAGAAAAAGAAUCUGUCUCAUUCUGUGAAAUCAGCAAUGAGGAGAAAAGAACAACGAAGCUCAUCUUCGUCUCCUACUAGAUCUCGUGACUAUGCUUUUCACAACGGAACUGUUGCUGCUGCUUGAAAUUCCCAAUCUGAUAAUGAGUUUGAGAAUUAUAAUAAUAAAAAUAAUUAUGUUAAAAAAUGGAAAAAAGUGAGAUUUUCUCUUUAAGCUUCGAAGCUGGUUUUGGGAUUCUCUUUAGAUCUUUUCCUUAAAGAUUAUUUUACUUCAGCUUGAAGUUUGCAGGAAAAGAGAAAGCUAAAGUUCCUUUUUUUUUUUUUGAAAAUAAGAAAGCUAAAGAUCCUUUAACUUCUUCCUUGUGCUUUUUUUUUUGCUUUGUGGUUUUUGUUUCAAUUUUAAAGUUUUGGUAGUUCAUAUGAGGAGAUAAAUUGUAAAUGCUUGUGUGAGUUAUAUAACAUCCAUGGCAUUCUUGAGUAAAUUUUCUUGUUU